UCCCUAGGACACCGUCACAUUCUGCUUCCUCCAGCAUGCGCUGUCUCCAUCUCCUGCUCAGGGUCAGCCCUGCUGCCCUGCUCCUGAUUCUCUGCCUGCAGCUGGGGACCAAUGAAGCUCAGGAAGACACUCGAAAGGCGAUAAUAAUGGGUGUGGAGCUGCCCCAAAAGGCAACGGCAAAUGAAGAGGUCACUGUGAUUCUUAGAGCUGCCACACAAUUCAGAGAAUGUAUGGUGAUUAAAUCUUACCUCAAAAGCAACGUUUCGAUUGAAGGUGCUUUUAACUAUCAAUACACCAGCUGCCUCUGUGAAGAUUAUCCAAGAACCUUCUACUGGGACUUUCAAGCCAACAGCACCGCAAAAAUAACAACAGUGAUCGAUGUUGUUCGAGUACUGAAUAUCUGCCCCGAGGAUAAGGCGGUGAUACCCAUUGAAGCAAACCGCUUUUCUGUCACUAAGACCUUGACCAUUGGCUGAUUUUAGUGGAAGUCUUUGUCUCUCGGCAUCCACCCCUGCCCCAGGUGGUUUCCUCCAAGGAAAGUUGGCUGGGGUAUCUGCUAUGGUCUGUAAAAUAAAGUUCUCAUCAGCUUC